AUGUCAUUUGCCGAUUUGGUUGAAAUCGCGUAUGAAGAUUUUGGGUUGGAUCAACAUCUUUAUGAGCUCCAGUUCAGCUAUAUGUUGUCGUCUGAAGUCCGGCGGAAAUUACCUCUGGAUACACCUCCUGUGUUUGUUGGUAAUUCAAGACAGCUGCAGAGUUUUUUGCAUCAAUUCCAGAACGAAAACGAAACGGUUCGUUUAUGUGUUGAGAUCAAAGAAAAAGUUCAGAAGGGAGUUGUUGAUGAAGACGAAGAUCGAGAUGCAUGUCCUAGUCUAGUCCCUGAAGAACAAGUGCGCCAAGAUCGUCCGCAAGAAGGUGUCGAAGUUGGACAAGACGAAGAAAUGCAUGAUGAAGAAGAGGAUUUGUCAACCAGAUUUGAUGGAUGUGAAGAUCCUGAUGGUGCAAGUUCCGAUGACGAAGAGUACGGAAGACGUGAGAAACGUCCAGAUGGUGAAAGUUCAGAUGAGGAGGAGUCGCUAAAUCUACCACCGAAGAAAAGGGGACCGACUACAAUUCCCGACUUUCAAAGUCUAGAGCUUUCAUCUUUAGACUUAGCCGUUGGUCAGCGUUAUGAAACAAAAGAGGACUUCGAGAUGCGACUCAAAAUUCUUUCCAUUGCUCACAAAUUCGACUACAAUGUCGAUCAUUCGAGUAAGAAAUUGCUAACUGUUAAGUGUUGGGUAGAUGGUUGCAAAUGGAGGGUUCGCGCUUCAACUGUUGGGAGCAGCAAAUGUUUUUGGGUUAAAACUUAUACUCGAGAACACACGUGUUCUGUGACUGUGCGAUCACAACGCACCCGCCAUGCAACCCAUGAGGUUCUAGGCCGUCUAUAUAAGGACUUCGUCGGCGGUGUUGGCCCAAAAGUCUUACCAAAUCACGUCGCCGAAGCUCUGACCAAACGAUAUAGUAUAAAGGUUGACUAUUGGAAAGCACAUCGGGCCCUAAAGUAUGCUCGAGAACUAGUAUCAGGGACGUCUGAAAGUGGUUAUGAAGAUCUGCCUUCAUACUUAUAUAUGAUUCGGCGAGCAAAUCCGGGUACACUAAUCAAGCUAGAAGUUGAUGAGGAAGAUAGAUUCAAAUUUAUGUUCCUCUCAUUUGGCGCAAGCAUACAGGGGUUUCCCUUCAUGAGGAAAGUGGUAGUGGUCGACGGUACGUUUUUACAUGGAAAAUACAAAGGUACCCUACUACUCGCCACCACGCAAGAUGGAAACUUCAACAUUUUUCCCGUAGCCUUUGCUGUUGUUGAUACUGAGAACGAUGAGUCUUGGGAAUGGUUUUUUACACAACUACACCGUGUUAUUCCUGAUGAAGGACUUGCCAUUAUUUCUGAUAGGCAUAAAUCCAUAGGAAAUGCUAUAGGGAAGGUUUAUCCUCUUGCUAGUCGGGGUAUUUGUACAUAUCAUCUCCAUAAGAACAUUAUGGUGAAAUUCAGAGGCGCUGAAACGUUCAAGCUUGUUAAGAAGGCUGCCACUGCUUAUAGACUUCUCGAGUUCAAUGCCCUUUUUGCUCAGAUUCAAGAGGCAAAUCCUGCACUGCAUGCAUACUUGGUGAAGGCAGAUAUUUGUAUGUGGAGUCGUGUACACUUCCAAGGUGAUAGGUACAAUUUCACCACUAGCAACAUAGCGGAGUCAUUAAACAAGGUGCUAUCUGCUGCAAGAGGUAAGCCUAUCGUACGACUAGUGGAUGAUAUAAGGAGUCUCCUGACCAGGUGGUUUGCUAAAAGACGUGUGAAUGCCAAUAACAUGGCUACCACUCUAACAACGGGCGUUGAAAAGUUGCUGGAGACUUAUAUAACUUCUGUCAAUUUAACGGAGAAAACAUGUACUUGUCGACGGUUUGAUUUGGAUAAAAUUCCUUGCGUACAUGCCAUAGCCGCCGCCGAUAGGAGGAAGUUGUCGCCGAUCUCUCUUUGCCAUCAUUACUACCACACUAGUUACUUGCAACAAGCGUAUGCUGUUAGUGUGAUGCCAAGAGACGUAGCACUCCCUGUGCCAGAUGAAGUAGCAACCAAAAUUUGUCUCCCGCCUGAUGUUCGCAACCGACCCGGCAGGCCAAAGAAAAUUCGGAUUAAGGGUGCGUUCGAGGCCGCCAUGGCGAGUAACCGUCCUCGGAAGAUCCCCAAAUGUGGUAACUGUGGCCAAGGCGGACAUAAUCGCCUAACUUGUCGAGCUUAG